UGACAGUUAAAUCAAAUCAAGUUAGGACGCGAAGCCAUGCACAUCUUAGUUUUUCAUCAAUAUAUUAGAUUGUUUAUUCUUGAAUAUUGCAUAGCAGGCCUCUUUGCUAAUUUAUUGUUCAACAUAAACCAAGAAAGAAGCCUGGAUCAACUAGUUCCAACCUGUUGCCAAAGCAGGCAUAUUUUAUCAUGUCAAAGAAUCAAUGUAGAAUUUUCCUCUAUUGGACAAUCUUUCAUAGUUUUACCAGACAAUAUGACCUUGAACUUCAGCAACUUUAUUACUUUAAAUGAAAAGGGUUUACACUACAGCAGUGACGAAGCAAAUGCAGUAUUGGCGUAUAAUCCCCAAGAGAUGAGUUUGCAUGGUCAUAUUCAAUUUGCGACCGGUGAAUCAUACACUAUAGAAAAUUGUAAGAAACAAGGGCAUAUUUGGAAGCAAAUAGACGUAAAUAAUCUUGUGGAACAUUCUGUUAAUGAUAUAGCUGAUUUAUCUAUUGCAGUUGAUCCCCCUCAAAAUCAAACCAACCCUGUAGAAAGCAAUAUUACUCUUGAUACUGUAACAAUAGUAGAAUUCUCUGUAAAAAUUUACUACACAAGAGAAUUUGCCACUGUAACUCAAGAUAUUGCUGGGUAUUUAAAUCUUAUGAUUGCUGAAACAAAUCAAGGAUAUAUAAAUAGUCAGGUACCACUGAGAAUAUUUAUCCAUGAAACAGAAGAGGCCACAAUGAGGAAACAAGAUGAUUCUACUUCCUUGUUAUAUGCAUUCACUUCAAUGAAGUCAUCAGUAAAAGAGUUAAGAGGAAGUGCUGACACUGCUGUGCUUCUUGUUAACAGCAUGGAUGCAUGUGGAAUAGCUUUUUUAAAUACAAUUUCUUCAGGUAACACUGUGGCUGUAGUCAUGAAAUCAUGUGCAGUUGGCUAUUUUACAUUUGGUCAUGAAAUAGCGCAUAGCUUUGGUUGCCAACAUGAUCCUCAAACUUCAACUAAUCGAGAUUAUCCAGAUGGACAUGGGCACUUAAUCCCACGAGGUCAAGCUUCACAAGGAUACAGAACAAUAUUGGCAUAUAGUCGUACAGGAUUUGAAACACGAGCAAAUUAUUAUUCUAAUCCUGAUAUUAGGCAUGAUAUAACAAACUCUUUUACUGGAGUAAGAGGAAUUUCAAAUAACGCUCGAAUUCUAACAGAAAAUAGACUAAGAAUGGCGGCAGUUGGAGAUGAAUCAAUUAUUGGAGGGUCAACCUCCACUGCAUCAACUUCGGCAGUUCCAACCUCCACUGCAUCAACUUCAGAAUUUCCAACCUCCACUGCAUCAACUACAAAAGUUCCGAACUCCACUGCAUCAACUACUGAAGUUCCAACCUCCACUGCAUCAACUACUGAAGUUACAACCUCCACUGCAUCAACUACUAAAGUUCCAACCACCACUGCAUCAACUACUAAAGUUCCAACCACCACUGCAUCAACUACUGAAGUUCCAACCUCCACUGCAUCAACUACUGAAGUUCCAACCUCCACUGCUACAACUACUGAAGUUCCAACCUCCUCUGCAUCAACUACUGAAGUUCCAACCUCCACUGCAUCAACUACUGAAGUUCCAACCUCCACUGCAUCGACUGCUAAAGUUCCAACCUCCACUGCAUCAACUACUGAAGUUCAAACCUCCACAGUUACAACUACUGAAGUUUCAACCUCUGCUGUAUCAACUACUGAAGUUACAACCUCCACUGCUACAACUACUGAAGUUCAAACCUCCACUGCAUCAACUACUGAAGUUACAACCUCUGCUGUAUCAACUACUGAAUUUACAACCUCCUCUGCAUCAACUACUGAAGUUCCAACCUCCACUGUUACAACUACUGAAGUUCCAACCUCCACUGCAUCAACUACUGAAGUUCCAACCUCCACUGCAUCAUCUACUGAAGUUCCAACCUCCACUGCAUCAACUACUGAAGUUCCAACCUCCACUGCAUCAACUACUGAAGUUACAACCUCAACUGCAUCAACUACUAAAGUUCAAACCUCCACAGUUACAACUACUGAAGUUCCAACCUCCACAGUUACAACUACUGAAGUUCCAACCUCCACUGCAUCAACUACUGAAGUUCAAACCUCCACAGUUACAACUACUGAAGUUCCAACCUCCAGUGCAUCAACUACUGAAGUUCCAACCUCCACUGCAUCAUCUACUGAAGUUCCAACCUCCACUGCAUCAACUACUGAAGUUCCAACCUCCACUACUUCAACUACCGAAGGUUUAACCUCCACUGUUCAAACUACCGAAGGUUUAUCAUCAAUAGCUGCAAGUACUGAAUCUGCUUCAAUUUUAGGUUCGAGUAGUAUUAUUGAAUUAUUCCCUGGUACAACUAACAGACCUGAAACCUCAACUGCAAAAACUGCUGGUCUAAUAAAUGAGCCUGCAAUCUUACCUACAACCUCUUCCUUUCCUCUGCUAUUGCGUCCUAUCACAGUCACUGCAUUAUCCUCAACCCCUUCAACUUCUUCUACUUUAACGUCUACAUUGAAAGAUGACCCUGAAUGCUGUAAAGACAGCUCUCUUCCAACCCUGAGUUAUAUAUUUAACUUUCAAGUAUUUGCAAGGUCUUCAUUGGAAUGCCAAAAAAUUUGUGCAGCUGAAUCAACAUGUACUUUUUGGAAUUUUUAUAUUUUUAAUGGCAUAUGCGAUUUAAGACAAUUGGAAUACGAGAAGAACCACUAUUGGAAAACUUCCCCUAAAAUUUGCUAUAAACCCCCUGAUUACUCUUGUCGACUGCGGAAUAAUAAGUUUGUUCUAAGCUACACACCUGUCCAUGCUAAUGAGAGAGAAUGCCGUUUGGUUUGUGAACGAUCUUACUAUUGCGAGUAUUGGGCAUAUCUGACAAUAUACGACAACAGACCACGAUGCCGGAUUUAUUUUCUAACAAGUAAUGCCUAUGGAUGGAUUUCUGGACAGUUUAAUAUUACGUGUUCAAAUUACAAAUAGAUGUUUGAUCUUCAUUGUAAAAAAAAGUAAUUAAUCUAUUAAAUGUAUUGCUAUGUUCGGAAAAGAUUUAAAGCAUAUUA